AUAAGAGGGCAAGAGAGAGGGGUGGGGGCAGAAUGACGCUGAUUCGGGGCUAUUGAUCUCUCCCUCCCCUCUAUACGGGGUCAGUAGUUUGAUCAGAGCGCGCGCAGGAUCACACAGAAGAGCCACACGCGCUUUUGUAACAUGAAGCGGCGCGUAUAGAGCUAUCCAACAGGACACUCAUCACCAAUCCGAUCCCGUCUGUCUCUAACCUGAUGACGGGAAAUAAUAAGAUUAUCCAGCAGGACAGGAGAGCGACACGUUAUAUCUCUGGAGAAAAGUAACUGGUGUGGAUUGACAGAUGAUGGUGCGCUCGAGAUCAACAGAUCUGGUCAUGAAUCCGUUCAGAAUCUCCGUGCUGAUGGUGUUCCUCUUCGCAUCUGUUCAUAUCUCGUGCCCAUCACAGUUCCCCAGUCCGCUCAUGAUAAAAGAAUGGGUAGAUCAACUGCAGCAGGAGCUGGUUUCUCUAGCAGACACAGCCAGCGCUGGGAAUAAUCUAAGACAGAUCUUUAUGGAUAAUCAGAAUUAUUUCAUUGUGAAAACAAAUAAUGCAGCACAGCUUGUGGAAUCAGCAGCACGGAAUAUAGAAAAUUUUUUGAAGAAGCGAUCUGCAGCUCUAGAGACUUUGGCAACUGCAGCAGAGAAUUUCCAAAUGGAGCAUCAAUGGAAAGAUGAAUUUGAAGAGGAUGAUAUAGUUUACUUUAAUGCCAAGGAUAAUCUUGAAGCCAAUGAAACAGAAGGGAGGAAAAACCGGAUCAGACCUGAAUUUAAAGAAGACCCGUCAUUCAAAAACCGCCUCACCUCCUACAACCAUACAGCAGUGCAUAUCCCCACGGACAUAUAUGACGGCUCCACCAUUGUGCUGAAUGAACUGAACUGGACUGAAGCACUGGAAGACGUCUUUAAGAAAAACCGAGAAGAUGAUCCAACGCUACUAUGGCAAGUGUUCGGCAGCGCUACUGGAUUAGCUCGCUAUUACCCAGCUUCCCCUUGGAUGGAUGCCAGGAAAACACCCAGUAAAAUCGACCUGUACGAUGUGCGCCGGCGACCUUGGUAUGUUCAAGGUGCCGCGUCGCCCAAGGACAUGCUGAUUCUUGUUGAUGCGAGUGGAAGUGUAUCUGGACUGACCCUUAAACUGAUCCGAACCUCUGUCAGUGAAAUGCUGGAGACACUUUCUGAUGAUGAUUAUGUCAAUGUUGUCCAUUUCAACACAAAAGUGAAUAACACAGCAUGUUUCGACCACCUGGUUCAAGCUAACGUUCGCAAUAAGAAGAUCUUAAAAGAUGCAGUACAGAACAUCACAGCCAAGGGCAUUACCAACUACACCAAAGGCUUCGAAUUUGCCUUCAAUCAGCUGUCAAAUUCAAACAUCACCAGAGCAAACUGCAACAAGAUCAUAAUGCUGUUUACUGAUGGAGGCGAGGAGAGGGCAGAAGAGAUCUUCAGCAGAUACAACAUUGACAGAAAGGUGCGUGUGUUCACAUUCUCUGUUGGUCAACAUAACUAUGACACUGGGCCAAUAAAGUGGAUGGCCUGUGCUAAUAAGGGAUAUUUCUACGAAAUCCCAUCCAUUGGAGCCAUUCGCAUAAACACACAGGAGUAUCUAGAUGUUUUGGGCAGGCCGAUGGUGCUUGCAGAUGCCAAACAAGUGCAGUGGACCAAUGUGUACCUGGAUGCUCUGGAGUUGGGCCUAGUCAUCACAGGCACACUACCUGUGUUCAACAAGACCAAAUCCAGAGGGGGCGGAUCUCGAAACCAGCAUCAGAACCAGUUGAUUUUAGGAGUGAUGGGGGUGGAUGUGUCUCUCGAUGAUAUCAAAAGACUGACGCCCCGCUUCACAAUUGGUCCUAAUGGAUAUUAUUUCGCAAUUGAUCCUAACGGUUACGUGCUGCUCCAUCCAAACCUGCAACCAAAGAACCCCAAAUUCCAGGAGCCUGUUACACUGGAUUUUCUGGAUGCAGAGCUGGAAAAUGAUAUUAAAGUCCAGAUACGGACUCUGAUGAUUGACAGAGACCCUGGGGAGAAAACAAUAGAAACGCUUGUGAAAUCUCAAGAUGAGAGAUACAUUGAUCGAGGAAUCAGGACGUACACCUGGGCGCCGGUUAACGGGACAGACUACAGCCUGGCCUUGGUUUUGCCUGAAUACAGUCUGCAUUACAUCGAGGCAAACCUGGGGGACACUAUAAAACAAGCCAUGUCCUUUGAAACCAUGCAGCAGGAGAAAUUUGAGGAAUAUGGGUACACCUUUAUUGCACCCAGGGAAUACUGCAAGGACAUCAAAGUCUCAUCCAACAACACCCAGUUUCUGAUGGACUUCAAUGAGUAUAUUGACAGGAAAACUCCAAAUGAUCCUCUAUGUAAUCUCACUCUUGUAAACCGGUUGCUGCUGGACGCCGGUCUCACAGCAGACCUUGUCAAUGACUGGAAGGAUCAGAAUGUAGAUGGCGUUUUGGCCCGGUUUGUGGCUACAGAUGGAGGCAUUACACGUGUGUAUCCUAAAAGUGCUGGGGAAGAAUGGGGUGAAAACUCUGAGACCUAUGACUCAAGUUUUUACAAAAGGAGUCUGGACAAUGACAUAUACAUCUUCACCGCCCCAUACGUCAACAAGAGCAGAGAGUCUGGUUAUGAGUCCGGUAUCCUUGUCAGUAAAGCAGUGGACUUAGACAUUAAUGGAGCAAAACUCAAACCUGCUGUGGUGGGAGUCAAACUCAACGUGUCGGCCUGGAUGAACAGCUUCAUAAAUGCUACCACCAAGAAAAAUUGCAAGGAUGAGAUCUGCGGGUGCCUCAGAAAUGAUAAGCAAGUGGACUGUGUGAUUCUGGAUGAUGGCGGAUUUCUGCUCAUGUCCAAUCAGGAUGAAUAUAUCACACAGAUAGGUCAGUUCUUUGGUGAAGUGGACCCUGUUCUGAUGAUCACUUUGGUCAACACCUCGCUGUUCUCUUUUAAUAAAACCUACGACUACCAAUCCGUCUGCGACCCGGAGAGAGAAACUAAAGCUGCUGCCGGACCCCGCUCUGCAUAUGUGCCAACGAUUGCAGAUAUGCUGACUGUAGGCUGGUGGGCCUCCACUGCUGUCUGGUCAGUUUUGCAGCAGCUACUUCUCAGUCUGACUCUACCAAAUAUAGUGGGAACAGCAUACUCGGAGGAUGACCUCUCGGAUGCAUUCUCCAAAGAGAGCUGUAUCACCGAACAGACUCAGUAUUUCUUUGAGAAUGAGAACAAAUCUUUCUCUGGAGCUAUGGACUGUGGAAACUGCUCCAGAAUGUACCGGGCCGAGAAGCUCCCAAACACAAAUUUGGUUUUUUUGAUCUCUGAUGCCAAGAGUUCCUGCCUCUCCUGCGAUCCCAAACCGCUGAGACAAGCCGAACAGCCCUCUACUGGUCCUGAUCCAUGUGUGUUGGCCCAGACCCCUCGGUACAGGAAAGGACCGGACGUCUGCUUUGACAACAACGCAGAUGAGGACGCGUCUGACUGUGGUGGUGGCUGCAGUUUGAGUCCGUCUCUCUGGCCGAUGUUGGCUCUUCAGCUCCUUCUACUCUGGCUGCUCACUGGAACCAGAACUUGUUUGUCCUGACCAGAGCACAUCUACAGACUAGAAACAACAACUACUGACUGAACUGCUUAUUAUACAGACCACAACAUUACCACACUUCGACUAUAUGACCUAAGAUUGUUUGUUAGUCAGCCCAAAACAAUACGACUAAUGCAGAUUCAAACUCUACUGUAAAAUUGACACGACUCAUCAACUCACUGCCAAAUACUGCCCUCUAAGACCAACCAGAAAAAGCAACACAGUCAGACACGAGAGACAUAUAUACACUUAUCUUUUUGACUUUGGAACACAGAACCACGUUAUGACCACAGAUAUGGUUCUUGCAAAAUGUUUAGUGCCACAAACAGGCUAAUAUAAUGUGUCAACAAUGUGGUCAGAGAUGGCUCGCAAGCACCAGCCUGGAUCUGAAGCAGGGUUUAAUGGGACAGGAAAGACUGUUCAGCUCUGGAGCUCAUUAUGAAUUCUGCUGGAAGUGAGCUUUGCUCCAGUAGUAGGUCAGUGAUGUCACACCCAAGCCCUUUAGGCCCAUCAAGGGCUGGUUUUCUUGUUUUAUGUUCUAUGAUUUCUCUGGUAUGUGCAGUAGGGGAAAUCUCAUGAAGAAAUCUGUAAGUCAUAUUUUACCUCAAAAUUAAAAUACAUAAAUAUAUAUACAGUACCAUUGAAAAGUUUGGGGUCAGUAAGAAUUUUGUAAUGCUUUUGAAAGAGGUCUUUUAUGUUCACCAAGGAUGCAUUUAUUAUUAAGAAUACAGCAAAAUAUUAUUACAAUUAAAAAAGAAACAUUGUAUUUUAAUGUUUUUAAAUGUAAUUUAAUUUCAAUGUCAAAAUGUUAAAAUUAUUUUUUUGACAUUGUAAAAGUGUUUACUGUUAUGUUUGAUUAAUGCAUCAUUGCUGAAUAAUAUUUAAGUAAUAUUUUAUUGCAUAAUAUUACAUUGUUUAAAAUAUUUUAAAUAAUGUAAUAUUUAAAAAAAAAAAAAUAAUAAUAAUAAAGAUUUUAAAAAAUCUUACUGACCCCAAAGUUUUAAACAGUGGUGUUGUGUGUAUGCUUUAAAAAUUGUUCUUUACAAUUUAAAUAACAUAUCAUUAUUUAUUAUAUUUCAAAUAUGUUUUGCUUUUCACAUUAGAAUACAUAGUAAAGUUUUGGGAGAAAAUCAUUGACUUUUAUACAGCAAAAAAAAAAAAAAAUAAUAAUAAUAUAUAUAAUUUUUAUUUAUUUAUUUCUUUUAAUUUUUAUUUUUGAGGUGACAUAUGAACUGGACAUUUCUUUUCUGUCCAUUUGAGAUUCAAAUUUUAUUGUUAUUUUUAUUUUUUUGGGCUUAUCGUUCUUUUGUUGCUGAUUAUAAACAUCUCAGAGAUUCCCUGAUAACUCAGUCAUCUGAAGUAACUGUAAGCAUCUGAUAUAAACGUUAGAAAAAAGUGCCAUGUUGAAUGUCAUGAUUCAAGGAAAAUUUCAUAUGCAAUCAAACCACAUAUGAGUGCAUCAUCUGAUGCUAAAUGCAGACGACUCUAAAGACUGAACAGGCUCCGAUUAGUAUAGCAAAGCCUUUUUUUUUCAUGUCAGAAGUCACACGCUUGCAUCCAAGUGUCCAGAGCAUGUUGAAUGUGGUUUGUACCCUCCCCAACCCGUCUGCAGGGCCCCUGCUAUCAGACGAUUGCGUGUUUUACUGUAUGUCGUCCAGAUACUUCAUCUGUCAGAUUUUGUUCCAGCACGACAGACAUGAUAUCACAAGCGUGUCAGAUAUUACAUCCACAUGUUGAACCACUAUGCGAAAACACAGCACAUGACAGGUUAUAAAAAUGCUCAACCCUGGAGAACCGUGCAUUUAUGAUAGUUGAAUGUAUGUUUAUUUUAUUUAUUUAUUUAUUUGAUAGAAGGUUCAUGCAUGAGAUUAGACGAUAUCAAUCAAAGCUAUUGCCAAUGGGGGAAUAUUUCCGUGUUCCUUUGAAUGUUCUGGAAGAAGAACAAAAACCAAUGGCAAUGCCUAGAGCUAUGAAAAAUGAAAUAUUUAUCCAUCACAAUCCAAAGGCCAAGUAUCCAGGAAUAAAAUAACAUGCUUCUCUCGUCGUUUCAGAGAAGUUUUAACAUUUGACAGCUUAAAAGCUUUGUCUAUUUUAAAAUAUAAACUUACAAUCAGUGUUUGCAUGAGUUCUAUGGCUUCUUAUUCAUGCAAAAAAAAAGAAAUUAUGAUGGCUUUAUUAGACUGUAUGGAGCUUUAUAGUUUUUUUAUUUCUUUGUUAAAGCCUUUUUUGAUGAGGAGGCUGUUAAAGUGAUGUAAUUACAGUGAUGAUAUUAAGUGCAACUAAAAUUAAAGGCAGAAGGUUUAAUGUCAUAGUGACUGCCAAAUGAAAGUGAAAUGUAAAGAAACACACAAGGUAGAUUUAAAGUUAAGUGUGUGUUUAGUUUACUGGAUGUCCGCAAAAUAUCGCUCGCACCUGUGCAUCCACGUCAGGCUUUUUCCUUCGGAAUGAGAUGAAUUUUCUUUUUCUUUCUGUCUUCACUGAUGUAGCAUUGAGUUACAGACCUAAAUAUGCAGUGCAUUUAUGAAUCAUUACAGACGUUUUUGGACUCCUUGGAGGCUUUCGGGGUCUGGAUUUCUCAUCUCAGGCCUGGGGUGGAGGCUGUAGGAUGUAACAUUUAAAUACCUCACUAAACGUCGACGUGAGAUGUGAUUUGAUCCAAGAGAGCUGAACUAACUCCCCGCUUUACAAACUAUACUGGGCUUAAAAUGCCAGCGAAAUGUAUACAAACCCCACAGAGACCGCUUCACCGUUUGAACGCAAAUUGAUCCCAUGCCAUGUCCGACAAAGAACGUCCGCAAAACAUGAAACAGGUUAAUGAUAUGAUUAUGCUAAAACUAAAAACUUCAAAUCUGGCAGUGCCUACACGGUUAGUCAAGAACAGCGAAUUACCUAAAAGUAGCAUUCAGUUGGGAAUUUUAUUGGCUCGCUUCAAAACAAAGUGUUUUCAUAUGUUAUCCAUCAUGAUGGAGUACAAGAGAUUAUUAUUAUUUUUUUUACUUUUAAUAUUACACGCACAAAAAAAGUUUUAUGACACACUCUUAAAAAUAAAGGAUUUAAAAAAGUAGAGUAAAAUCAUAAAGCAUCUUUGGUUCCUCCAGUGAAUAGUUCUCAAAGGAAUUGUUCACCCAAAAAUGAAAACCUCAGGUCAUCCAAGAUCUAAAUGAGUUUGGAUCCAAUAGAUCCUCUGGAGUGAAUGGGUGCCGUCAGAAUGAGAGUUCAAACAGCUGGUAAAAAUAUCACAAUAAUCCACACAAAUCCAGACCAUCAAUUAACAUCUUUUGAAAUAAAAAGCUGCGUGUUUGUAAGAAACAAAAUGAUUCCAUAAUCCAUGAUAAUGCUUCCAGUGAAAAAGUCUGUUCGUGGUUGUCCUCUCACAUGAAAAUUAAACAUGUCUGUUUUGAACUGUUUUAGAUUUGUAAACAUACUUUUUCACUGGAGAAAGCAAUAUUAUGGAUAGAGAACAGCUUUUCACUUCACAAGAUGUUAUAUGAUGGACUGGAGUCAUAACUUGUGGAUUAUUGUGAUGUUUUUAAUCAGUUGUUUGGACUCUCAUUCUGACGGCACCCAUUCACUGCAGAGGAUUCAAUGGUGAGCAAGUGAUGUAAUGCUCAAUUUUGAUAAAUUGUUCAGCUGAUGAAACAAACUCAUCUACAUUUUGGAAUAACUAAGUGCUAGUAAUUUUUCAGUAAAUUUUUAUUUUUGGGUAAACUAUUCCUUUAAAAGAACCUUUUUUCUUCUUCUUCUUUUCUUAGUGUGAAGAAUAUUUUAAUCAUCUAAAGAAUUUUUUUUCCACUAUAAAGAACCUUUUAUGGAAUGGAAAGGUCCCAUGGAUGUUAAAGCUUAUAGAUACCGAUAAAGAACCUUUAAUUUUAAGAGUAUAUUGUAGAUCGAUUGAUUUAAGAAGUAGUGAAAAAAAAAGACACUCCAAAGUCUAAAUCAUGAAUCCAAAAAGUUAAAAUCAAUAAAAUCUGUUUCAUAAAAAGCAUUCCACUUUACAUAAGAGGGGACAGACAUUUUUAAGUGUGUUCAGGUUUGCAUGGUGCUCCCGUGAUGCUCUUUGACAUUUCGACCCUCGCAUGAAAGGUUAGACGUGUACAGACGUGCCCCCCUCAUGUAAAGAGGAAUCGGAUGUGUGUAUUUAUUGUAUGUUUUCUGAACGCUGCUCUCAGCUGCUGUGCUGCCUCAUAGGGCUGCCAUGUGUCUGUAUUUACUGGUGUUGGUGCUCGGUGUGCCGGAAAGUUUUCACUGAGGUUGCGCUUCUUUUCCUGAGUGUGUAUCGAAGUCACUCUUUGAUUCGUGUGUGUUCAUUGGUGGGGAGGGGCAAGGGGCGUGGUAUGUGCCUCAAAAGCCCCAUCCACCUAACUAUAUAUAUAAUAUUCUUUUGUGGAACUUGACACGCCUGAAAUGAUUUUGUAUACAUUUGUACAAUAAUGUUGUUCAAGAAAAUAAAACAAAAAAGUUUGUAAAGUUUACAAAUGUGUAAUUCUUGUGCAAAUACAAUAUAUUCACAAUAAAAGUUUAUCAUUACUA